CAACCACUUUUUUUUAUCUGAAGAAUCAGAGUAACAACAGUUUCUGAUGUUAAUGUCAGUGCGGAAUAUAUUUGAAAAUGGCUAUUAUGUGGGAUUUUCCAUUUUGAGUCUUUAAUAUUUUUGUUAUAAUAACAUUUCGAUAAUGGCCUUAACUUAUGUUCGAACUUUGUAUUUAAAGUUUCUUAGCUCAUUGUAUGAUUCACCUGUGACGCUAAAAUGGUAUCUUAGUUCUCUAUAUUGUUAUCUAUAUAGAGCAGUUAAUACCUGCUAUAUAAUGCAAGCAGUUUAUUCGUUUUAUUACAGUUUAUUGUCUUUUCUGUUAGAUGAUCGGCAAAAAUUAGAAUGGAAAACUCAUUGGCAAAGUCCUGUAUGCCAGGAUAUUCUAAAAAGAAAAUAUUUCUUAAAUCGUUCAAAGCACUCGUUAUCUUGGGCGUUAUUUUAUUUCACAGUUGCAUCAUUGUUAUAUGUUGAAAUGAAAAAUAAUAUUAUUACGUUUCAUUUUGUAAAAUAUUCAUCAUCAUUAUGGUAUGUUGAAAUUCUGUUAUUGCUCCUCUUUUCUAUAAAUGCUACUAUAUCUUUAAUAUGGUACUUCUGGUCAUUGUUUUCAAAACCUAUGCCUAUAACACCUGAGCAACAGAAGCUUUUUCGGAUCAGUGAAAACGAUCCUGGCUUCAAGGUUAAGAAGCAUUGUGAUAAUGUAUCCGAUUCUGUGAAGUCCGAGAGGUUACAGUUUAUGUCUUGGCGCAACUCCUUUGAUAAUAGCAGUUCACCAACUUUUUCAACUACACCCCUGAAUUAUUCUUAUAGCAGCUGGAGUAGUACAUCUGGUGGAUCCCCUAAUUUAGAUACAACAAGUUCAUCUUGGAAUUAUUAUCGUGCUUCUUCGCCUGUCAGCUUUGCAUCCACACCCAAGUUAUCCGCUGGAGAUAGGUCUCUCCUUCGAAGACUGAACUAUUCUGAUGACUUAGAAUCAUCUAUUGAUCGUCCAAUAAAAAAUAAAAGACAGUUAGAAGAAUAUCUGAAAGUUUAUGAGGAGGAAGACAAAAAAAGAAAAUCAAUAUCUUUUGAAGAAUCUAAACCUUUUAUGACAAAAAUGACAACUGUUGAUAACAGUCCAAUGUCUGUCUUAAGCAAAUGUCGUUAUCAGCGAGCCUAUCGACUACCUCACUUAGAAACAACUGAAGAUGACUCAUCUGAAAUACAUUGUGGGGAUAAUGUACUUCAUAAACUGAAGAUAACUGAAAAGAUGUUAACUGUGUGGUGUGAACGUAUGCGUAAGUGGAUAUGUCAAACAAUUUUAGUGAAGCUUGUAAAUGAAAUUGAUGAUAUUAAUGUAACAUUGAUUGAGAUUGGUUUGCCGGAAUUUCAGAUUGGCAAUGUUAGUUUAUUUGCACUGCAUCAGAUUGCAACUACUAAGUCUCAGCACUUACCUACUCUAUCAUCUGUCUUGCCUUAUGUAGACAUGCAUUCAAAUCAAGAAUAUUUAGUAAGGCGUCUGAAAGAUCUUGCACAUGGUGGUUGCAUGGGAGAUUUCAAGUGGAAUUCUGGUGGUAAUUAUGAAGACAAGCAGUGGUGUGAUGAUUUGCCGACAGAUUCUGCUCUAGUGAUGCAUGUUUUAUGUUGUUACUUUGAUGCACACUUGCCUCCAGAUCCUCAUUUCCCCGAUGGCAAACCAUUUUCUUCAAAGUACUUCAAAAAGAUACCUGAGAAAGUAGUCUUAGCAAAAGAUUUAACAUAUAUUUACCAAUCUAGUGCAAAUCCUCCUCAUUUCAAAGUCGUUAUUGGAGAAGAACUUUAUACAUUGCCAAAAGGUCGGAACAACAUGUUUUGUGCUUUAAUAAUUUUUUUGCAUUACAUGAAAACCAAAGAAUGUGGAAUGCUAGGACGAGUUAAUUUAGGGCCAUCUGGUUUGAAUAUCCUUUGGAUAUUGGACUGAUCAAAUUUUAGUACAAAUUAUAAAUGCAUCCAUCUUUUACUCUGAGAUAUCUCUGACACUGAUAAUUUUGCAUUUACUUAAUGACGUUAUUAGUACUUAAAAUGGAAAGAUCUUUUAAUAUAUAGAUCAGGUUAUUAACUUUUUUUACUUUGUUUUUGUCAUCAAUUAAAAUAUCCAGUAAUAAUGAAAUAUCCUUGAUGAUUUGUUAUUUAUCUAUUUUGUAAUUCAUUUUAGACAUAAUUAAUAGCUUAAAAUAUUAUAGAUAAUAUGGAUUUUAUAAAAUCAAUUUAUAUGCUUCUUAUACUAUAUGCUGUCACAUAGUUAUUCAUCAUAAAUUACUUUCUUAUAUAUAUAAUUUGUAAAUAUGUCAAACUAUAUUAUGUAAAAAUAUAUUAAUUCCAUUGACAUUAUUAAAAUGUGGUUAAUUGUUUCUAAUUUUGCUAAUUGCACAUGGUUCAUUUGAAGUUCAUGUGAUUUUUAUCAUUAUUUGACAUGAGUUAUUUUUAAAUCUGUUGAGCUUUUCUUGAAUAUAUGUAUCUUAAAUCUCAAAGUUUCUUAUUGAACAAAAUAUAAGGAUCUUGAAUGGAAAUUGACUGGUGUAUCUGAAAUAUUUUUUUAAUUCUGAUGCAUAUCUCAUUUUCAUCGGAGACAUGUAAUAUGCAAUAUAAGAAAAGGAAAUUGCAUUUAUAUGCUCUUAAUUUCUGGAAAGUAAGAGUUGUACAUCUUUAAAGAAGUUGAAACUAUUUAAAUUUAGUAAUCUUUUAUUUGGAAUAUUCCAUUAUUGAUCACUAUGUAGUAAACCGAGCAAGUAAUAAUUUACUGACAUAAGAUAUUCAGCCAAUCAUUUCUACAUUUUGAAUGUUAUACUUUAUGGAUGUAUUAAGUAAUUCUAUGCAUCUAUUUUAGUACAUUGUUUUUUAUUGUUUUUCCUCUGUGUUGCGUAGCUAUAUGUUUCUACUUUAAUAUAAAAUUCACAUUGGAAGUGAUAUUAUUAAAAAGAGUAUUAGUAAAAGUGAAUUGUAAAAAUAAGAAUUUCAUGUUUCUCUGUAUAAUUAUAUUAUCUUUUUUUUUUCAUGUAAUUGGCAGUUCUAUAUUAUUAGUAAAUUUAUCUAUAUAAAAUUGAAUGUUUUUAUUUUUUUAGCAGUUCCACAUUCAUUGAAAAAUCCUUAUGGGGGGGGAAAUGACAGACCCCACUAAAGUGCUUAUAACAUUUUUCUGUCAUAAUUUUGGAAUGUAUUACUGUAUAAUUUCUAUAUUGUAUUGAAAUUUUAAAUAUUAGACUUUUAGUGACAUAUAUCCCACUUUUGUAAUAUUAGUCUCUGAUUUUUUUUGUUGGUUUUUUACAGAUAAAUUAAAGAAAGUUUGUUACAA